AUGCCCGACUCUCCUUCCACGACCUCCUCGACCCCGACACCGCCUAAACCGACCUCAAUACCGAAAGGUUCUGCAUUCUGGCUCUCUUUCCUGGCUAUUGUCGUCUGCAACAUCCUCAGUGCGCUCGAUGUCACUGCUGUCUCCACGACGCUGCCUACGAUCACUCAUGACCUCGGCGGCGACAACGACUUCGUCUGGGUGGGUGCGGCGUACGGGCUCGCAAGCACGGCAAUGUUGCCCUUCUGUGGGCGGUUGGCGGACGUGUUUGGGCGCAGGCCAGUCAUGAUGAUCUCGGUCGCGUUCUUCUUCGUUGGCAGUGCGCUCUGCGGGUCGGCGCAGAACAUGAACAUGCUCAUCGCGGCGCGAACCAUCCAGGGUGUCGGCGGCGGCGGAAUUAUCAACAUGUCUUCUAUCAUCGUGUCCGACCUCGUCCCGCUCGUAGAGCGAGGGGCGUAUCAGGGCAUCGUUGUGCUGGCUUGGGCCUUCGCGGCAGCCAUUGGUCCCAUCGUUGGAGGUUCAUUGGCCCAGAAAGCAUCAUGGCGAUGGCUCUUCUACAUCAAUCUGCCCCUUGCAGGCAUUGCAUUCAUCUUAGUUGCUAUCUUCCUCCGGGUGCGCACGCCUGAAGGGUCGCUCAGGUCGAAGCUCGCCCGCGUGGACUGGGUUGGAAACGCUAUUAUUGUCGCCGGGACCACACUCGCGCUCAUUGCGCUGACGUGGGGCGGCAUCACAUACCCGUGGAUCAGCGUGCACGUCCUGACGCCGCUCAUUCUUGGGGGCGCGCUCAUCGUCUCGUUUUUCCUGUACGAGACGUUCGUCCCGCGCGAGCCGACGCUUCCGCUCGAUGUCAUCAAGAACCGGACGAGCCUCGGCGGAUAUAUUGAAACUUUCUUCCACGGCAUCGUCAGCGUUGCCGCUAUCUACUACUUCCCGGUAUACUUCCAGGCAUGCCUGCUCUCGAGCCCGAUCGGGUCAAGUGUCAAGAUCCUGCCAACGGCGAUCGUCUCCUCGAGCUUCUCGCUGUUCAGCGGGAUCAUGAUCAAGAAGACGAACAAGUACCGGCCCGCGAACUGGGUUGGCUGGACGCUCGCCAUCGUCGGGUUCGGCCUGCUCACGACACUCACCGCAGACUCGAGCGCGGGCGAGUGGGCAGGCUAUCAGGCGCUCCAGGCGGCAGGGUCUGGCACGAUCUGGGCUAGCACGAUCUUCCCUAUCCUCGCGCCCCUGCCGGUGACUCGCGCUGCGCCAGCGCUCGCGUUCUACAACUUCAUCCGCACCUUUGCUCAGACAUGGGGCGUCACGAUCUCCGCCACAAUCCUCCAAAACGAGCUGAAGCGCAACCUCCCCGCCGCGUUCGUGCAGGACUUCCCGUCCGGCGUCGAGAUCGCGUACGCCGUGAUCCCGCAAAUUCCAUCGCUCGAGGAGCCGCUGCGGAGCGAGGUGCGCGCGGCGUUCGCGCAGAGCAUGGCGACGAUCUGGAAGGUGCUCGCGGGCCUGUCGGGCGCGGGCUUCCUCGCGUCGUUCCUGCUGCGCGAGGUGCCGAUGCAGACGUACACGGACGAGAAGUUCGGGCUGCAGCAGGCGGCGCCGGAUGCGGAGCCGGUGCGCCUGGAGGAGGCGCGCGCGAGUGUCGUGACCACGGGGGACGAGGAGGACAAGAAGGACGCGGAUGCGGUGGAGAUGCAGGCGGUGAACACGCCAGCGUCAUUGGCGGCGUGA